AUGAACCAUAGUUUGGGUAUGCUCGGACGAGUUCACAUGUUCACAGCCUUCUGCAGAGAUCAAAAGCUACCGCACUCAAAAAGGAAACUGAUGUUGCACAAGAAUUUGAAAGUCCUCAAGAGAUCGAUCUCUGAGAAAAUUCUGCGGAAACCAUCUCAUCAAAAGAAAGGUGAUGCGCCCGGUGCAGUCACGGAUAGGCAAAGUUCCUCACAAUCAUCUCAGUACGACGAAGAUCCAUACAGGGAAAUUCUCCGAACAUACAAUGAUAAUGUCUCGCACCUUGUCUUCCAUGGUUCGUCAUUGAAAUCGAUGAGCAGUAUUGAUUUCGGAUCGAUGAACCAUUCUGUAAGCAGUACACCAACGUGUCACGUCCGCUUCGACGUAGGCAGCGACAUGGUGAGAGGAAGGCACAGGACAGCGAUGAAUGCGUAA